AUGGAGGAGGUGGGAGUAGAAGAGAAGACGGAGCAGCGGCAACCACCCGAUGUGGAGACAAUCAGCGGAGAACUAGCAGAGACCGCAGCGGCGCCGGAGGGGGAGAAACACGCUGUAGAGAAGAGCAGACAAAGAGAGGAUGAGACCCAGCCAACGUUGGAAUCGGAGGAGCAGCCGCCGCAAUUUGGGGAGGAACGGAAAAGCGUCGAAGAGGAUGAGGAGGCAAAGAAGGAGAAGGUCGAAGGAGACAUCAGAGCAGAAGAAACCGCCGGCGGAAAGGGGCGGGUGGAGACCAAGAGUGCGAUGAGGAGAAGGAAGAGGAAGAGAGCCGGCGGAGACGUCGGCGGGUUCGGAGGGAUGAGAGGGUACAAGAGGUACGUCUUCAGGGUGCUGAAGCAGGUGCAUCCGGAGCUUCGCGUCUCCUCCAUGGCGAUGACGGUGCUGGACAGCCUGGUCAAGGACAUGUUCGAGAGGCUCGCCGGCGAGGCGUCGAGGCUCUCCAAAUACUCCGGCAGGGCGACGCUGUCCACCAGGGAGAUCCAGGCAGCGGUGCGGCUCGUCCUCCCGAGGGAGCUCGGCGAGCACGCCUUGGCGGAGGGCAACAAGGCCGUGGCCAACUUCAUGACCGCCGCCGCCGACAAGGUCUCUUCGUAG